UACUUAGUUAUCUGUGAAUACCAGGCGUCUUCUCAAGUUGGCUGACAUCCCGCGUACCUCUGGUAAGACAAACAUCUAAUCACACACAUCAGUUUUUUGCCAGCUGACUGUAGCAAGAAAGCGCCCUCUACCAGAGAAGGCAUUUCUGUAAAGGUGAAGGUCACCGUUCUGUCAGUUGUCAACUUUCGGAUAAAUCAGACGUUUUGGUUCGCUGUGAACCCACAUCUGUUGAAAAUGGGAACAUAAACACUUGUACGAGUACAAGUGACGUGGCCUUGCCUGUCUACAUGUACAUACCUGUGCCGGCCUAUCUCUCUAUGUGUGGGGUGUGUUGGCAUUACAAGCAGCUGAGUUGGCUGGAAAAUCGGUAUGGGCCAGAUCCUGCGACGUCUACAGGAAGUAGAUGGGGAGUUCCAUUGGGAGGAGAUGGUAGUGCCCCGCAGCUGUGCCAGUGAGGCACGGAAAACUCGCGCCCCAACGCGGAGGAAGUCGGCUCAGUUCCCAGACCUGACCAAACUCCCUCCUGAGCUAAGCCUGUGUGUACUCUCAUAUCUCAACCCAACUGACCUCUGCCUGGCAGCCUGUAUCUGGGAUGGACUAGCGAACGAUGAAGUGCUCUGGAUGAGGCAGUGUGUUUCAUCCUGGCGCUGCGUGACAAUUUACAACCACUGUAGGUUUAUCCCAGGUUUCUCUUACAAGCAACUCUUCAUGUUAUUGGAUGAAGCCUCCGUUACAUUCAAUGCGGAACCAGAAAUGGGCAUGGAGUACUUACAUCAAAAGAACUUGGUGGCCAAUGACCCACUAGAAAUAGCCAGGUUUUUACAUACCACCAAACGACUGAGAGCACUGAAGAAGAGAGAGUUUCUAAAUCAAAGAAGAGACGUAUUAGAGAAACUUAUUGAGCUUCAGAGUUAUGAGAAUAUUUUUUUGCCCAAUGCUUUGCGACAGUUUUUUGGAGAAAUUUCUGCUCCCACCGAAAGAGGAAGUUACCUAGAGGACAUGAUUGAUCGGUUUUCUGAUCGCUUCUGUGCCUGUAACCCACAACUGGGGCUGCAGAAAGACACUGUGUAUGUGCUGUGCUUCUCCCUUAUCAUGCUGUCAGUGGAUUUGUGCAGCCCACAUGUGAAGAACAAAAUGUCCAAAAGGGAGUUUAUCAGAAAUACCCGACAGGCAGCUCAUGGUGUGAAUGAUGACCUGGCAGGCCAUCUCUAUGACAACAUUUACCUGGUGGGUCACGUGGCCACAGAGGUGUAAAUAUAACUUUGCACAAAGACAGGUGUGAAAUGUUGAACACAGUCUUUACACCUCUUUUUCACCCUUUGCAAAUGAGGAAAGUUCUCUUUUUGCCGUGCCUUUGGUAGUCUGUUUGUUUGUUUGUUUUUAUUAUUAUUUUACAUAAUACGAUAUAUGAUAAAUGUAUAAGCGGAAUGAAAUCGUUAUAUUUCUAAACAAGUUUAGGAUAAUGACUAGCUGUACUGUUCUCAAGUGAAAAGUUCAGAUACUGUGUCAGCUGUUGUUGUUAUUUUUCUGUUGUGAAGUUUAAAUGUCCUGCACUCAUAGUUUCAGUGAAUGAACAAUGAUUGAAUGCAACAACCUUACUAAAAGGUUACAUAAAUUUAGUUUUAGGGGAACUGAAGGGGUUUGCCAGCCCAUGUGCAGCCAGAAAUACAUGAUGACUUUCAGAGGGUUACUGUAAGACACCCUGGGGCUACCUAAAUUUAAAUUUGCAAGACCCAGAAGGGGUUACAGUUGAAAACAUUCAUUCACACCCCUGCACUCAAAACUGCUAUCUGAUAUAUUCAGGAUAUAUUUAAGGGAUUUUUAAUCUUUCAUGUAUUCAACAUGGAUAAAUUAAAUGCCUUAAAAUAUUAUGACUUUUUGAACUGUCUCUGUAGAGCUGUUAUUCUAUGUGCCAAACAUUUUGUUAUAAAUUGUUAAACUUCAAACACUGCAUGUGAAGAUGGUUUAAAUGUGUGUGUCUUCUGUUGUUUUUUUUUUUUUUUUGAAAUGGGAGGAGGGAGCAUAUAUAGUCUGUCUUUAUUAUCACAUGCAGUAUGUACCAAUGAUGGUUUAAAAACCAAAAAAAGAAGAUGUAAAGGCUUACAUUGUAAUAUUAUGACUGGUGUAUGAAAUUACAUGUAUUAAGUAUGAAUUGUAUUAACUAAAAGUAGAGUGUUUGGGUUAGUGAGGCCUAUUCUAGAGAUUUGUUUGAUGCUAAGUGUUUUUGUUUGUGCUGCUGCAUUUUUUCAGGUUAAGUCUGAUUUCACCACAGAUUGCAUUCAGACAGCUGAUGUUACAUAUUUUUCAGGUGUUCGGCUGAAGAUUAUUUUCUGCUUUUGAUGUUUAAUGCAAAGGUAGAAAAAAUCUGAUAAUUUCAUGAGCUUUAAGAAGAAAGGCUUUCCCUAGAGAUAUGACAAGGGGGCUGAUGUGGUUAGCGUGCAAGCGCAGUGCAAUGACCCAGGAGCCUCUUUCCAGUGUGACGAUAAAUGAAUAGAGAUAGGAAAAAUGAUUGAAAUAAUUAAAACUCAAAUAUGUAAAAUUUUACUUCAAACAAUUCUAAUUAGGCUUUUUAUUGUGGUCUGUUGCCAAUAAGCCUUUACAAGGAUAUUUUAUACCCGUGACUUCUCGUUGAUUGUAUUCCACAUAACACAUGGUUACUUACUAAUCGAUAUAACUUUCUGACGUGUGUUGAAAUGUGCAGGAUAUGAUAUACCCACUGGAUUUUGAUCUUAAGUUACAUGUAUAACAGUAUAAACAAUAAUCUCUUUGUUUUUAGGGUUACGUUGUGGGUGUACAUUUUAUAAGUUUGCUUUUGAUAAUUUUGUUUAUUGUUUGUAUUAUAAACAUUAUGACCAUCAGCUGGAGAGCUGGUACUACACGACACUAAGGCCCUAAGCGUGACAUGUCACUUGAGGAACCUCUCUUUCACACAUCACUGAUGUCCUAAACGUGACACGUCAUUUAAGGGACCUAUCUACCACAUAUCACACACCUUACUUGAGUUCGGUAAUACCGGUAUCUGUACAGCUCCAUUAGUAGAGAAAGUCUAGCACAUGGCAGUUUGGCCGAUGGGACUUCAAUUUGAACUUUAACCACCGAGAAAGUCCUUCUGGAGAAAAGUAUAACACUAAAGCCAUCAAAAGCCUGUCUUCAUUUAUUGUUUUAUGUAUUUCUGUACUUAUUUAUUAUUCGCAAUAUGUUUGCAAUAUGUUUUAUUUAGUACGUCUCUGCAUUAAUAUUGGGUGUAUAUUUUCCUGCAUUUAUACGUAUAGAUGUUUUUAACUGACAGUUGUGAAAGGUUGAAAGCAUGUUAUCAAAUAGGAUAAAUCUUGUUAGUCUUAGUUUGAUCUUUGCAUUUGGGCUUAAGCACAAAUCCCUGAAGAAAAAAAAUGUGCUGUCCUAAGGAUUUGAACUCUUGUCAGUUUUGAUAAGGGAGAGAUUUUUUGUAAGUGAUGUAAUCUGCGUCUUUUUAUAAGUAUGUAGAGAGAUGUAGAGUUAAUAUUUGUGGUAUUUCCCAGCAUCUUAAUGCCACUUUUGAGUGUUGACUUCAAAGAAUCCCUUGUUGACAACUGUUUUAACUCACUAUCCAAGUCCCUCAACUUUUUGUUUUUUUUUUUUUGCUGCUUCUUCCAUUCAUUGAAGAGGAUAUUUCUAACAAGUGAUUUCGAUGAAACAACAUGCACAGUUUAAUGCACAUAUACAUGUAUGCAGUGCCAUGUGGGGGGUUAUUUUAUAAUAAAAUAAUUUAUAUUUAAUGCACAUAUAAGGGUUUCCCAACUGUACAGACGUGUAUGAUAUAGUUAGCCACCUACACUUUUCACUUAAUGCCCUUGUUUCGCAGAAUAACAAGCGAGUUAAGUUUAUCCGUCUAGGGCUGCGGUAUGGAAUGUUCCGAUAAUCAAGAGUUUAUAGUCUUGUCUCAAGGAAGGUUUCAAUCUCUGCACGGAUGUUAAACCGGCGUAAUAAGUACCACUCCCAAAAUAACCAAGAUGCGGUCCAAAUGGGAUCAGUGUGGUCAAUUCGAAGUGACCGCUUCGACAAAUAUGGUUCCAAAGGUUUGCGUGCACUUUAAUGAUGCCGAAAGUAUAAUAGCUUUGUUAAAACGAAAUAUGUCCGCGAACUAAAAUAUAUGUUACAUCUUCACUUGUUUACUAUUUUAACCCAAGCAUGUAAAGAUAUGUUACACUUUGCUUUCUAGUUGUUAUUUGACUUGUAUAAUCCGUAGUUUGUGCCAUGGCUGGUGUUAACUGCAUGACGGAAACUACCAGGUUGCUCCAAGUUCUGUUACAGUGACAUCGGCUAGCUUAUAGAAACCAAAUGUCUGUGAUCAUUCAUUUUCAAUUUUUAUACAAUAAAUACAAUAAUAACAUUGUU